GCUUAAAGGCGUUUCUGACACUGUGAAUAGACCAAUAUAUACCGGUGACCGGUGGUGACCGGCACUAUUGGAAGCGUCCUUACAAGUGAGGUUAUGGUGAUAUGUCGCAAAAGUCACAAGAAUAAACGUUCAUGUAGUCGUCAAGUAGACAUAUAUAUUUUGCCGUUUCACUGAGUAAUUUUUGUAACUCACGAUGUCUGGUGGUAUGCUGUAUGGUGGAGAUGAGAUAGGGGCAUUAGUCUUUGACUUGGGUCAUCACUCCCUAAGAGUCGGCUAUGCCCAAGAGGACACUCCGAAAGCAGAAAUUCCAGCUGUCGUGGGAAUAGGAGAAGAUGCCAAUGGCACAGCCACUAAGGCUGAACCUAUGGACAUCGACGACAAGAAACCUGAUAGCAAUAUUACACAAAGUGGAAGCAAAUAUUACAUCGAUACCACAAUUCUUCAUGUUCCGCGUAAAAAUAUGGAAAUUGCGAGUUAUAUGAAAGAUGGCAUGAUUGAUGAUUGGGAUCACUUUGAAAAGGUCUUAGAUUAUACAUAUUUAAAAAUAAUUCAAUCUGAUGCCGAAUAUCAUCCUGUACUGUUCUCUGAAUCUCCAUGGAAUGUGCGCAGCAAGAGGGAAAAGCUGACUGAAUUGAUGUUUGAAAAGUACAAUGUGCCAGCUUAUUUCCUUGUCAAAAAUGCAGUUCUGGCUGCAUUUGCAAAUGGUAGAGCAACUGGUAUUGUUGUUGACAGUGGAGCCACACAUACAUCUGCAGUGCCUGUACAAGAUGGAUUUGUAUUGACACAAGCUAUUGUUAAAUCCCCUCUUGGUGGCGAUUACAUAAGUAUGCAAUGCAGACAAUUCUUACAGGACAAUGAUAUCGAUUUAUCACCUCCUUAUAUGGUGGGCAGCAAAGAGGUAGUAAAGGAUCACGAUAAACCACGGUGGGUAAAAAAGAAGGCUUUACCCGAAGUCACUAAAUCUUGGCACAAUUACAUGGUGAAGAAAGUGAUUCAAGAUUUCCAAGCCACAGUUCUACAAGUGUCGGAAACACCGUACGACGAGAAAAUUGUUUCCACAAUUCCCGCUGUUCAAUAUGAAUUUCCAACUGGGUAUCAUCAGGAUUUUAGUAGCGAGAGAUUUCGGAUACCGGAAGCGUUAUUUGAUCCCAGUAUGGUACAAAUGCGCGGAGGUAUGGUCGGUAAUACCAUGUUAGGAGUGGGACACAUUGUCACGACCAGUGUUGGCAUGUGCGACGUUGACGUGCGGCCUGCGCUUUACGGCAGCGUUGUCGUAACUGGUGGUAACUCGUUUAUUCAGGGGUUCCCGGAGCGUCUGAAUAGAGAUUUAUCAAUGAGAAUACCCUCCAGCAUGCGUCUCAAAUUGAUCAGCGCGAACGGCUGUGCGGAGAGAAGAUUCGGCGCUUGGAUAGGCGGCUCGAUACUAGCGUCGAUCGGCACCUUCCAACAGAUGUGGAUCUCCAGUCAAGAAUACGAAGAGAGUGGAAAGAGUCAAGUAGAAAGAAAAUGCCCUUGAACUGCAAAUAGCCCUUUGUACGUUUUCAUUCUCAAGCCGCAUUCGCGUCGACGUUCGUGCAGACGUCACGCAGAGGGAGUGAGUACAAUUUUCGGAAUAUGAAACAUCUACAAUAUUGUGCAUCGUUUGAUACGUAUAAAGUACGCGUAAGACUAUAAACUACCUUUUUAAAUAAAACUUUUUACAAUGUUAGAUUAUGAUGAUAAAUACACUUGUAAUAUUAUUGAAAAAUAACGUCUGCCAGCGUUUCAUACACACGGUAAGUAUAUUCUAUCUACAAGUGACAUUACACAUUGUUGAAUUGUAUAAGCAAAUUAAGGAGUUCCAUCAUUAUUUAUUAACGAAAUAUUAAGUCGAAAUGUAAACGACGAAAUUUGAUAAAUUGUAAGAUUUUUUUAUAAAAACUUACCGCGACAGGCUGUCGUUUUGAAAGUAAA